UUCAUUUAUAUCCUGGUGUGGCCUGUAGGCGGCGCUCUUUCUCUCCCCACCACAGAGUCGCUGAACAGAGAAGAACUCAGGAGACUGCGGUUUGUCGCUACAUGGCGGUAACGCAGCACAUUGCGCUUUAGAUUGCUGAGAAAUCGUGAGCGAGCGUUGUGCCGAACACUUUCCCACCGCCAUCUCAACCCUGGUCGCCUCAGUCAGUCAGAGCCUCGUAGUGAGGCAAAUCUCUGAUGAUGGAGAAUGGUCAAGGCACAGGCUCCAAGCUGGCCCUGCCACCCCUCACUCCAGAGCAGCAGGAGGCACUGCAGAGGGCGAAGAAAUAUGCUAUGGAGCAGAGCAUUAAGAGUGUCCUGGUGAAGCAAACCAUAGCUCACCAACAACAGCAGCUUACUAACCUGCAGAUGGCAGCAGUGACUAUGGGAUUUGGAGAUCCUCUCUCACCCUUUCAAUCGAUUCACCACUUCCUCAUGGAGAAUACCAGCGUGGCAGCACAGAGGCAGCGAGCUCUCGCCAUCAUGUGCCGCGUCUAUGUGGGGUCCAUCUAUUACGAGCUGGGUGAGGACACCAUUCGGCAGGCUUUUGCGCCGUUCGGCCCAAUCAAGAGCAUCGACAUGUCCUGGGACUCUGUCACCAUGAAACACAAGGGCUUCGCCUUUGUGGAGUACGAGGUGCCUGAGGCUGCCCAGCUGGCUCUGGAGCAGAUGAACUCUGUCGUUCUGGGUGGAAGGAACAUUAAGGUGGGGCGGCCAGGUAACAUUGGACAGGCGCAACCCAUCAUUGACCAGCUGGCAGAGGAGGCACGCGCAUACAAUCGCAUCUAUGUAGCCUCAGUGCACCCGGACCUGUCCGACGACGACAUCAAGAGCGUCUUUGAGGCCUUCGGCAAGAUUAAGUCCUGCAUGCUGGCCCGAGAGCACACCACAGGGAAGCACAAAGGCUACUGCUUCAUCGAAUAUGACAAGCCCCAGUCAUCAAUAGAUGCAGUGUCCUCCAUGAACCUGUUUGACCUGGGAGGUCAGUACCUGAGGGUGGGAAAGGCCGUGACCCCUCCCAUGCCCCUGCUGACCCCAACCACCCCCGGAGGUUUGCCGCCUGCAGCGGCUGUGGCUGCCGCCGCCGCCACUGCUAAGAUCACAGCCCAGGAGGCUGUUGCAGGGGCAUCUGUGCUGGGCUCCUUGACGUCUCCCGCUCAGCUCCUCAGCCAGCAGAUGGGACUCCCUCAGGCUGUACUGGCGGCUCAGGCCCCAGGCUUAAUCACAGGUGUCACACCUGUUCGGCCGACUCUGCCCGUGGUGCCUCAGGUGGGCCUGGUAAACCCUGUGUUGGCAUCGCCACCCCUCACAAGCAGUUCAACAUCCACAGGGACACCAACUAGCACCACCCAGCAGCAGCCCGAGGUUAAGAGGGAGGUACAGGACAAGCAGCAGGAGAAAGAUGACGCUCGAACAGAUGCCAUAGAGCAAAGGAGCAUGAAUGAGCUGGAGCAGAUCAGAAGCAGUGAGGACAGCCCCACUGUCACACACUCAGGGUCUACAGUAAUGGUGUUACGCAACAUGGUGGGUCCCGAAGACAUAGACGACGACCUGGAGGGGGAGGUGACCGAAGAAUGCGGGAAGUUUGGCGCAGUUAAUCGGGUCAUCAUCUACCAGGAACGUCAGGGCGAGGAAGAUGAUGCUGAGAUCAUUGUUAAGAUCUUUGUGGAGUUCUCUGACAGUGGCGAAAUGAAUAAGGCCAUUCAGGCGCUGAACAACCGGUGGUUUGCGGGUCGCAAGGUUGUGGCUGAAGUCUACGAUCAGGAGCGUUUCAAUAAAAGCGACCUUUCGGCAUAAGACUGACCCAACUCCCUGUCCACCUACUCAAACUCAUUCAGCCUCCACCACUGCUGCUUGAGUUUUGGGAUUCUUUUAAACUUGUAAUUAUUUUUUUUUAUUGUGGUCAAUAAUAAUAUUGGGGACAAUCCCACUGGAGGGAUUUCACUUAGAAAAUAUUUGUGCUUAAUGGAUUUUUUUUGUCAUCACCUACUGUGAAAGAAUUUUUUUUUUUCUUUUUAUUUGCAAAUUGUUUUCUAAUUUGUCGAUUUGGUUACAUUGUUCUCCUAUGCUCUGACCCCCCCAACCCUUAUUUUUUUUUUCUUUUUUAAAAAACAAAAAACAAAUGUUUCCAUCACUAAUGUUCUGUUUUGAUUCUAAACAUUGUAUUGGAGUCAUUGGUUCUGAAUUUAUCAACAAUAAAUUCUUUAAAUAUGCCAUU